UUCAUUCAAUUUGCAUUUAUUUAACCUAGAGUCUGCCUAAUAGUUGCAUGGCUCUUUGCUUCCUAGAAUAAGAACCUCAAAUUGGUUAAGACUCAGGAACCAUUUCCUUCUGUCUAGGUAUGGAAAGAUAGUUGGAGGCAUCAUGUAGUCUUCACUCAUUCGGGAAACAUUCAUUAAGACCCUAUUGUGUCAAACUCGGACACAGGAAGAUAAAGCCCUGGAGAGACAUCACCUACUAUACAAUAUAAAAUAUAUUAUAUACAAUAAAUACAUCAUACAGUAAGUACCAUGAGCUUUUCACAGAGCCUGAGAGACAGUAACUUAGGUUUGGAACAAAAUCAAAGAACUUUCAAGAAGCAUUUGAAGACUGCUGAGUCUUCAGAGGGAAGAAUUAAGACUCUGAGACCAAGGUACAGACAGCUAAAACAAAGCCAGUAGUGUAGCCAUGAUGCAGUAAUUCCAGGGGUUCAGUGAAGGACUCUGGCCAGAAGGAUCAAAAUCCUGUCUCUCUGUCAGCCCAGCUUUCCCUCUCUAGGUGUUAAUCUCAAAAUAAAAUUCUACACAUUUUAUUCUAAUUCCCAGCUAGGGCUCUGCUAUGAAGGAAGCUUAACCAAUCACACCUGCCAAGAGCUGCUUUACAGCCAGGACCAAACUCCUGAAAAGGCUCAGAACCUGUGGAGCCCCACAGCCUGCAACCAGGAUAACAAUGAUUGGUUCUGCUGUUUAUUUACUCUAGAGUCAUCACACACAGGCAAGUUCAGAUUUCAACCUGAUCCCUAGGGUUUAAGCUACAUCCAGUGUAAAAUUAAAAUUAGGUUUUAUUGAAGCCCAUUCCCCAGCACAACAGAGAAACAUCUCUUGACUACCACAAUGGCAAACAAGGUUAGAAAGACUGGCCAAGAUCUACUAAGGUCACAAAAUCUCUAGGUAAAUUUAUUUCUCAAUUUAAGGACAAAAAAACCGUCUCUGCCCCCCCUCCUCUCUCUCUCUCUCUCUCUCUCUCUCUCUCUCUCUCUCUCUCUCUCUCUCUCUGUGAGUUUGUACAUAUAUGUAUGUAGAGGGUUGGAAUACAGAAAGCAAGACUAUAUAAAUAUGUAACAAAUUUUGCCAAACUUGCUGAAAGGAUAUUGGAGCAGACCAGAGGAUGAGUAAUUGAUUGACCACAGGAAUAUAGAAGGUGGGAUGUUUCUGAGUGAUGAAGGGCUUCAACUUCUGAGUUUAUCAUGGAAAUUGUAGGUUCCCUAUUUUCUCUCUCACUUUGUGAUGUCAUCUUGAAAGUAGAGGCUUAGGAAAUCCAAAGACCAGGAAGCCCUACACUCAUUAUGUGUUUGUUAUGUGAGUAUGAACAGCUUAACUUCUCUAUGUCUCUUUUUCCUUAUUUGUAAAUAAAUAAUGUAUCUCCUUUGGCAUGGUUGAUAAGAAUAAAAGCAUUGACUAAUACAGUAGAGAGAGCUUUAUAGAGCAUAGCAUUAACAUUUUAGGUGCAGAGUAAUUUGGUGUGGUAGUUAAAAAAACAAAACAAAAAUUGGCUUGCUAGCAUUAAAUUUAUGUGCUAUCUCCACCCAGCUUUCCAGAUAUUUCUAAUUAAAAAUAAUAUUAAACUAAAAAAUCUAUUAUUGUGUUCAUCUUAUCCUGGGGAGUACAUGGUGUGGGUAUGUGGAAGUCAGAGGACAAAUUUGUAAAGUCAGUUCUCUCCUUCCACUUUUUUGUGUUUUACAGCGUGAACCCAUCUCUUCAGGCUUGCAUAGCAAGCACUUUUACCCACUGUGUCAUCAUUGUGGUGUUUCUGAAGCAUGCUGAAGACAAAUGAUCCUUCAUCCCAAGGAAAUCGUGACCUAGAGACAACAGACAUCAUGAAUAACAAAGAUGAGACUCUGUCCUCUCCGGUAACCCCACAAGACCUUCCAGAAUUUGGCCUGGAAAGAGACAAAGAGAAGAGAAAAGUUACUUCAUCUCCAGGAGAUUACAGAGGUGGACCCCAGACCCUGGUCGACUGCCCUGCGGGUCGGGGCAACUGACGCCCGAACAGGGACCCCCUGGGGGUCACAGAGGAGAGAACGCCCGCUCAUCAGUAAGGACAGGCCUGUCCGCCCUUUUCUGAAGCACCAGAGAGUGACUUUGGAUCGCUAGGACGCCAGGGAACACCCGCCGCCGUGAGACAGUCCGGGAGGAGUUCAUAGCAUGGCGCAGAUCUUAAGGUUAGUAAGUGAUGGGACAAGCAUUUUCAAAGCAGUCACUAUUUGUGACAGGACUGAAGCAGUCACUCAAGACGCGAGGAAUUAGGGUUAAAAAGAAAGAUUUAAUAAAAUUUUUAGAUUUGGUAGAAGAUAUAUGUCCCUGGUUUCCCCGGGAAGGGACAAUUGAUCAAAAAAGGUGGCUCAGAGUUGGAGAUUGUUUUAAAGAUUAUUAUGAGGUUCUUGGUCCUACGAAAAUUCCAGUCACUGCCUUCAGUUAUUGGUCUCUUAUUAAUGAUAUCCUUAGAACCACCUCUGAAUGGCCAGAUCUUCAGCAUUUAGUCAAGGAAGGAGAGCGUUCAGUGAAGGAAAGCUCGCUGAGGGAGCUUGCUCUCCUCCCCUUACCUGUUGACCCCAUACUGGGAGAGGAGUUGGCCUCUGGCAUUAAGUCGUCGCCUUCCCCCCCAUCGGUCAUUAUUGAUAUGGAGAGUGCUUUUGAUCCUAUCCCUGCUAGACCUUUCUCCGCUGAAAAGAUUAUGUCCAAUGCUCCACCCAAUACACCAGAAUGCCAACCUAAUAGACAACUUUAUCCUUCUCUUCAAGACUUAGGCAAAGGUGGUGUUUCUUCUCCUGAGCAGGAGGUUAAAAUAGAGGCAGGAGCUGCUCGUUUUGAGUCAAAAACAGCCACUAUAGCACUGGCCACAGAUGGUACCAGAGCUGGUACUCGCUCUCCCUUAUCUUUUCCCCCUCCGCCUUAUGGCCUCCUAGAUGCAGUCCUUGAUUCACCUCCUGUCUCAGAUGCUUGUCGCCAGCUGACCAACGAUGUGACAUCCUUGAGACACAUGGUAGAGACUAGAAAAGAGCAGGAACAAUUGCUUAUAGCUCUUCGCGAUUUAGAGACAAAAUUGACAGAGCUGACACCCUUACAGAGUCCCCAGCUUAAGGCUACAGGCCAGGGUAAAACUCCAAACAAGAAACAUAAAGUUUUAGCUUUUCCCCUUUCCCUGAGGAGCGGGGCAAAAGUCCCUAGAGACCCCUCCACCCCAGGUACCCUGGAGAAGGAGGAGGAUCGAGUUACAGAUGGUGAUUCUGAGGAGGAGACAGAACUUCACCCCGACUCACAGGAGCCAGGAGAUACGGCUGCUGGCUCUGGGUCCAGCGCAGCUCGGGCUGCACCGGGUCCUCCACGCUAUCAUUAUCAACCCCUAGAUUUUAAAAUAUUAGAAAAGCUCAAAACAGCGGUAUCAAAUUAUGGCCCUGUGGCCCCCUUUACACUGGCAAUUUUAGAAUCCUCUACUGAAGGAUGGCUCACACCAAACGAGUUUUCGCAGCUUGCCCGAGCCGCGCUUUCAGGCGGCGAUUUUGUGCUUUGGAAAUCUGAAAUGGCUAAAGCCGCAAAAGAAAUUGAAACAAAAAAUCGUGUACGUCCUGAUACCAGGUCAUGGACAGCAAAAAAGAUUCUUGGUGAGCCACCCUUUAAUACUUUAGAGUCUCAAAUGCAAUUUUCUCCUGGUCUUUUGGCUCAAAUUCAUCAGGCAUGCCUGGCAGCCUGGAAAAGGUUGCCUCCCAAGUCUGGUUUCUCCUCCACGCUCACUAAGGUACUCCAGGGAGCUGACGAACCAUACAAUUCUUUUGUCAGCCGUUUGACCGAGACAGCAGAGCGCUUGUUUGGUGUUCAAGAGCCUGAAAAUCCCUUUAUUAAACAGCUAGCAUUUGAAAAUGCUAAUUCCACUUGCCAGGAUAUUCUCAAACACCACCAGUCAAAGCCUUUGGCAGAGUAUGUUCGCCUCUGA